GGGGGGCGUGUUCACGCCAGGAUAUCCUGAUCGGACAUUUUGUUUUCCUUCAUUAGCUUCAAGGGUACAGCAGAGAGGUAGAGGCAUGUUUCCUUUGGCGAGGUCCGCCCUGUCUCUGGCCGCCCGCGGCGUGCAGAGGUCCAUCUCCAGGCAGACGCAUCACAAAGCUGUUCCUAACUUUCAUGACAAGUAUGGAAACCUCAUCCUGGCAUCUGGAGCCCUGUUCUGCGUCUCUAUCUGGGGAUAUGUGAUAACACAGACUGGAAUUUGCUGGAACCUGUCUCCAGUCGGUAAAGUUACUCCAAAGGAAUGGAAGGACCAAUAAGACAGACACGGCUGUUUUACACUUACCUCCAGUACUUUUAACAAGCUUAUGCUUUGUACAUACCUUAUCUGUAACCUCAUUGUCCCGUCGUAUGGUGAUGAGGUUCCUGUUGUAAUAAACAUGGAACUAAAUGGAA